AUGGGAGCCGCUGCAGAAGAUGAGUGGAGCAUCGGUGCCUCUGACGAUGAGCUUGUCGCAGACUGCAUGGACCCUAGUUCUAAAUACUUCACUCCGAAAGAUCCAGAGGAAAUCAAGAGACUGUACAAAUUGGUAGCCGAAAACGGUACUAUAGAAUUGAGCUGGAAAAACCCGGGGAGGAUAGAAACGAAGAAGAAAGAUCUCAAAGACGAAAACCAGUCCACGAAAGACGAAGAGGAUCCCAAAGAAGAUCUCAAUGAAUUCGACUUUGAUGAGCCGACGCCAGCCGUUUCACUGUCGUUCAGAAAACAGAAACAAGCCAAAGCGCCUACACAGAGAAAAGUCGCAAGUUUCGACAAAAUCAUGAAUGACAUCACGAAGGGCGGGAAGGGAAUCAAGAAAGAUUCAUCCAAAUCCGACAAAAAGCGUAAACUUAAACUGGCGAAAGCGAUCAGCAAGAAUCCGGCGAGCGUCUCGAUAAAAUUAGAGAAGAUCAAGCUUGAAGUAGAGGAGUCGCAUUCGCAAGAACAACAGCCGCAACAAACCCAAGCACCGCCACAGCAGCAAUCGCAUGGGUUGCAACCUCAGCAACCUGGUCCAAUUCAACAGACGACGACUCAGCAAACAAUGCAACCGCAACAACAAGCCCUCCCGCAGCAACAAGACCAGCAGCAGCUUCAGCAGCCGCAGCAAAUCCAUCCCAAACAAUUCCAACAUCAACAGCAUUUCCUGCAAACACAACCACAGCAACAACAGCAACCAAUGAUGCAGCAAAACCUACUGAAGCAGAUGCUUGUGCCCCCCGGCCAUGAUACCCAGCAACAACAGCCUCAAACGAUUAGCGUUAUGAAGCAAGUUUCUCCGCAGCAGCAUCAGCAACAGCAGAUGAUGGGGCACCCACAGAAGUUGCCGCAGAGCUUGCCGGCUCAGCAACAAGUGUUGAUGAGCCAGCACGAUCAGCAGCAACCCCAAGUCCAAACGGUGCUCCAGCAGGGCUUGCAGCAGCCGGGACAGCAACCGCAGCAGUACACGUUGAUACAGCAGCAGCAACAACCUCAAAACUAUCAACAAGUUCAGAACGCUACAGGUGUUCGAGGCGGCGUGGCUAUGCGUGUUCAUCAGUCACCGAUCAACGCACAGCAACAACAACAACCACAAGUGUAUCAUGCAGGUGUCCAAGGCGGAAACCUAGUCAAAAUUCAGGGACAAGCCAAUCCCCAACAGGGACAAAUUUCCGUGCAACACCUGCAAGCCGGGCAGCAGAUACAGAUACAUCAUCGCCAACACAGCGAUCUCGGCAUGCAACAAAAUGUUCAGAUCCAGGGACAGCAACCGAAUCUACUGAAGCAGAUGCUCGUGCCUGGCGGCCAAGAACAGAGUCGGCAGCAGAUGCAGCGAGUGCACCUGCAGACCCAACAGCAGCAGCAGCAUGCCAUGACCGCCCAAUCCCAACAGCAGCAGAUGGCGUCGCAGCCAGUGGUACUGCAGCAGGCCAUGCAGCUGAGACAUCAGGGGCAACAGCAACAGCAGCAGCAGUAUGCCAUUCAAGUUCAACAGCACCCAGGCGAUCACGAUCAGUAUACCCAAAUGCAGAUCGGGGUGCGGACGACGACGAUGCGCCAACAACAGAUCUCAAUGGGUCGACCUCUGACCCAAAUAAACCUUCAACAGCAAUUGUACCAUACAGGAUCUGGCACCAUGAUAAGAGUCGGCCAGCCAAAUGUGAACAAUACGAAUUCUUAA